AUGGCUACUCAUUCACAACAACAACCUCAUCAACAAAAUCUCAAGCAAAACCCCAAUAUCAAUAAGCAUGAUUUGCCUCUGAGUGAGACUGACCCCAAGGCGGCCAAGCAAAAGUCCGCUGAACAAAAGCUGCAGUUGUUCGGUGCUUUCCAGGCUAUGCAAAAAGACGGAAGAAUGCCUCACAACCCUGAAUUGGACGACCUGUUGGGCAAGUUAAUGACAAACAAGGUCAUUUCUUCAAGAGAACAUUUGAUGUCUGAAGAUGGCAGAAUCCUGUUGAAGGAUUUCCGCAAGUUGAUCGGCACUAUGCAAAAAGCUUUGAACGUCAAGAACAAGGACGAGUUGUUCCAGUCUCUCGUGUAUCAUCUUCACUGUAUGGAAAGCCCUAUCAACAAAGAGCACAUCAAUCAACAAGUGAAGUCUACUGACAAAACCGCAAUGCAAAACGAAGGAAAGAAAGCAUCGGAAUCCAUGAUGCAAAUCGGCAAGCUUAUUCUUCUCAACAACGAGUUCCGUUCUGUGUUGGGUGAGCUUAUUGAUAUUGCUCAAGACAUUUUUAACAGUGUCGCUGGUAAGGCUGGUGAUUCGCUUCAACAAGCUGGCUCUGGCCUUCAAGAUCACAACAACAGCAAUGAUGGCAAGUCUGGCAAGCACUUUGUCGAUAAUGCUCUUGACAAGGCCUUAAGCCAUAGCAACGACAACAACAACAGCAUUGCUCCAUCUCAUGACCAUACCCAGCAACACCACUCCUCCUCUUAUCAUGAUCGUGAGCCUCAUCUCGUUGAUGUCCCCAAGGAUGAUUCUCGUCACCAAGGCCUCCUGAAUACCGGUGAUUCUGUCCAUCCCAACGCUAUUCCUGGUGGAUUUCCUACUGUAAAUAACAACACUGCUCCAGGUGGCGGCAUUCUUGGUGGACACAGUCAACAACAACAAGCACCUCAAGUACCUUCUCAUCACACACCUCCCUUUGACCACAACGUGGACUCCCAUACUGCUCACAACAUGAGUGGUGAACAGCCUCGACAAAAUUAUACCGAACAAAUCCAAAACCAUCCCAAAUAUCAGCAAGCUCAACAACAUUAUAAUGAGCACAAGGAGUUUGCUCAAAACACCGUCAAGGAAAAGGUUCCCAAGGAGAAGCAAGACGAGCUUUUGCGUCGUCUUCAAGAUGCCCUUACCGAAGUUCAACAGCACCCUGAAUAUCAAGAUGCUAUCAGCACCCUUAUUCAUUUGAUCCAAGUCUGGUCUUCUCGCUUGACCAAGGUCUCUUCUGAUGUUAUGUCCAAGGCCAAGGAAAACGACAAGCCUGAGCAAAUGAACUACAGAGAACAAUCUGAAAAGGAGCUUAAGGCUAUCAUUGAAUGCUGGGCUCAAGGUGCCUCCAUUGAUCCCUUGCUCCAUGGCGUCCAAGAUGUCAUGCGCGAUAUGCAAAACGAUGAGCAUCUCCGUGAUUACUACCACACUGUCAUGAAUUACGCUGAUCGCUUGUUGAGAGAGCCUGGCUAUGCUCAAAAGGACAGCUCUACUGAGGAAGGAAGAAAGCUCAUGGACCAAGGCAACCACAUUAUUAAGGGCCGCUACAAGGAACAUCUCAACUUCUUGUCAUCUGAAUCUCGCAAGUAUAUGAAUUUGAUGGCCGAGGAUGAAAUCUCCAAGGAGCUCCAUGCUCGCAUUGCAAAGAUCCACAGAGAUCUCUGGAUGGAUAAGGAGGGCAAUCCUGCUUUCAAGCCUCAACUCUUGAACGACAUGAGAAUGACCUUGCUCCCUGCCUUUAUUGAUGAGAUCAAGUACAUUCCCAUUCCUCGUAUCGAAUACAGCGAUCCUCAAUACGAUAUUGUCAUUGAAAACCUCAUUCUCUCGGGUGAUUCUUUGCUUCCCAACGUCUUUGACUCCAAGAUUGAAAGCUUCAACAGCUUUAGCCUCAAGUCUGAAAUUCAAUCCAAGCCUAGCCAUCAAACCUUGUUUGUUCGCAUGAGUGAGAUUCAAGCUGAAAUCGAUGAUGUUGUCUUCUUUUACAAGAAAAAGACUGGCUUCCCCAAGCUCUCUGAUCGUGGUGUCGCUUCUCUUACUGUCGGUGGCAAGGGUAUUUCUGUUGCUACUCGUAUCACUACUGUCUCUGAUAACCCAGCCAAGACAUUCAAGGUCGCUUCCUGCAAGUGUAACGUCGAUAAUUUGAAGGUCAAGGUCAAUGACAGCAACCACGAUAUCUUGUACAAGGCUAUUCGUCCUUUGGUUAUUGGCCAAGUCAAGAAGCAAGUAUCUCGCGCUAUUGAGGAGAAGGUUGUCACUAUGAUCAAUCAACUCGAUCAAAAGGUCACCAAGUCCAUUGUCAAGAUGAACCAAGAUAUGCAGAUGAAGGCUUAUGAAGCACUUCCUGAAGAAGAGAAGGCUCGUCAACAACCUCCCUCUGUCUCCAUGGCUCGUCCUCGUCCUGGCCUCUUCUCCACCGUUGUCAAUGUGAUUAAUCGUAACAUCAAGACCAAGGUUCAAAAGCGUAACGAAGCCAAGCGAUUCAGCCGUUUGUCUGAAGACAGUGGUAGCUCUCGUCCCAUGUCUCAAUUUAACGAUGAAGAGAAGCGUCAAGUUGCCGGCUCUACCAGCCACCACAUGCCUGUUGUCAAUGCUGCCACUGGUGGCCUUCGUCACUCUGAACACGGUAACCGUGGUAUCCACUUGGAUGACUCAUCUCAACACUCUGGUUUGCAGCAUCCUCAAGUCAGCCACAAUUUCCCUCCUGCUGCUGAAGGAGGUAUUCAACAAUAUCCUCAACAGACUUUUGGUAACACCCAAGAAGAUCCUGCUCGUGUCAAGGAGCCUCAUCAUCAAAGACUCGAUAACGUAGCUGGCAUUCCUGAGCACAAUACUCAAUAUGCCUCCAACUUGGCUGGUACCAAUCAACCUCUUCACCAGCAACAAGGUCUCUCCAACGUUGCUGGUAUCCGUGAACCCAAUGUUCAUCAACAACAUGGUUUUUCAAAUGAGCCUCAUCUCAACCAACAACACGGUCUUGGUAAUGUCGCUGGCAUCAAUGAACCUCACCAUACUCAACACGGUCUUGGUAAUGUCGCUGGCAUCAAUGAACCUCACCAUGCUCAACACGGUCUUGGUAAUGUCGCUGGCAUCAAUGAACCUCACCAUACUCAACACGGUCUUGGUAAUGUCGCUGGCAUCAAUGAACCUCACCAUGCUCAACACGGUCUUGGUAAUGUCGCUGGCAUCAAUGAACCUCACCAUGCUCAACACGGCCUUGGUAAUGUCGCUGGCAUCAAUGAACCUCACCAUGCUCAACACGGCCUUGGUAAUGUCGCUGGCAUCAAUGAACCUCACCAUACUCAACACGGCCUUGGUAAUGUCGCUGGUAUCCAUCAACAACCCAACUACCAAGAACAACAAGAUUACCAACCCGGUUAUACUUCAUCCAACGCUGCUUCCAUGGCAUCUGAUCGCCACAACGUUGUCAGCCCUCCUGCCUCUCCUCCCAAGAAGCACGAUCCCAACAACUUUAAGUUGGCUACUGAUCUUUCCAAUGCUCAAAACGAGUAUCAACAAAACCAAAUGUCUGCUAGACAAUUGUAA